AUGUCAGCAGAGGAGAUGAUUUUUCCCCGCCUGAGCACCGCGAUCGUAACUGGGCAUGGAAGCUAUGGGUCCAUAACCACCAUGAGCAUCUUCGCACUGAUUGUGGCUGGGACUUUCUGUGGUCAGCUGGGUUUGUCCAUUUUGACGCCGUUCUUUCCCGCGGAAGCAAAGAGCAAGCUGGUGAAGGCUCUGGCCAAAGCACCCGAUAUGAGAUUCCAAUCCAUUGAUGCCAAGCUCUCCAAUGCCUUGAGGAAAGUCAUUGACAAUGCUGGGGACAAGUCCAUGCAAGUGAAGUAUGACAUGUCCAUGAAGAACCAAUUGUAUGGGAGAAGUGGGGACUUCAUCAAGGGACGAGAACUAUUUGCAAUGAUAUUGAUUAGCUUCAAGUCACCUGACCACACUGAAGUUCUCUACAAUGCCCAUCAUUUGUAUAUGUUCAACUACUAUGGAGACGACCAACUUGAGGCCUUCUACAACAAGUGGCUUGACAUCGUAUACAAUAUGAAACAUGAUGAUCUGCCUUCCAACAAUUCCCUGCGUGACACAUUGUUCCGGAAGAUUGAACACUCAAAGCUCAUGGCCUUUGAUAUCAACCGAUACAAAACCUUUGAUGAAGGGCAUCCUGAGAAGACCUAUGUUUACCUAACUGGUAUGAUCAAAGGAUACAUAGCAAGAGGAAAACAGGAACGACUGUUGAAAGAUAGAGAACGUGCAGUGAAACUGUCAUUGUCCUCUAACAAGACAACACCUGCUAUGGAAGAUGCCGACAAGCCUGCUGCUCCCAUUAAGAUCAAGAAGGAGAAUGAAGCGGCUGCGUCGUCUACAGGUGAUCCUCCCAAACGACCUAAAGCAAAGGCGAAGAGUGAAGCUGCAUCGGUACUUCCAACACCUUCUCCGAAAUCCCAUGCCGACAAGAACAACAAGAAAGGCAAAGGUGGGAAGGGAAGAUCAUCUUCACCCGUUGACAAGAAGAAGAUUUUCUGUAACUACUUCUUCAAUAAAGGAGGAUGCAACAAAGGGGACAAAUGUCUUUACAGUCAUUCUCAGAAGGUCUAUGAUGCCAAGAUGAAAGGAAUGAAAGAAAGGGAAAUCCUCGAUGGUGAUCCCUCCAAAGUGCCUCAUGGAGAUGACGAAGAACAUGACCAAGAUGAAGAUGAUGAUGAGCUUGAUGACGGAGACGACGGUGGACCUGGACCAAGUGGUGGAAAAGUUUCAAAGAAGCCUCUUGAUGACUCCGAGGAUAUCUUCGACAAAGAUAAAGAUCCAGAAGAGAUGAACCCCUUCCUUCUGGGCCGCUGCUACACGCUGACGCGGCUGGCGCAGCAGCGGGAUGGCUUUGAGUCGAAGGGGGAGAGCUGGAACGCAGUCUCAGUCAAUGCCUUGAUGCAGAACAUCUGGGCGGAAUUUCAGGACAUUUCUCAGGCAGAGAAUUCUCAGGCGCUCGGAAGCAGUGGCUUCCAGUACUUUGCCAAGGAAGCAAUGAGAGCCUACGCGCGGGUGGUCUCAAUGGCGCCCAGCCAACUAAUCAAGAACGGAUUCAUGAAGAUUGCAGAAGAGGAAUGGAAGCAGAUGUUGCCCAGCGAGAAAGUGCUAUGGGCUGCAGUGGCCUAUCAAGCAGAAGUGCGAGCAGUGCACGCCAUGCCGAGCCCGAGGAGCUCCGCAUCGUCCGCUCCUCGUCCGCGCUGUCCUUUGCCACCACAGUGGAAGCCGGCGCUGGACAUCUACGGCCGAGGCUCGGAUGCGGCCUUUGCACAUGAGAAGGUGAAACAACUGCUGUUGCACGCGUGGCAAAGGGUGAACUCAAGUAUGGACUGGGUUUUCUGCAUCCGUACCUUCGGGCGCUCAGGCAUAGAUCCUGUGUCUAGAGCGAAGAUCAGAGGAGGAGGUAUCAUGGACCUCACGCUUGGGAUGUUGCGACAACGGGGCCUCCUGGACUGUCCCGAAUUCCUUCAGCGACUUCAUAUCUUCGUGGCGCACAACGAUCCGCACUUCGCCAAGGGAUGCUAUGAAAAAGUCUUGGGAAAGCUCUCUGAUCGCAUCAUUGUGGGUGUGCGCGGGGCUGACUUGCAGGUGCGCUUUAUUGAGGAAUGUUUUUUACCUGGAACCCACGUGGUCGUGGCUGAUGACAAUAUCCAGACCUUGGAAGAGGCCCCUCCGGUGACCGAACCGAAACCCAGCCACAAAGAGAAAAAUCGCCCUUUGGUGGACCUUCAUGCCGCAGAUCUACGGGACCUGGUGAAAAGGGCGGCCGAUGCCAUGCAGAAACAUGAGGCACAUCUGUGGAGUAUCUCCCCGACCUAUAACAAGCUCUUCCUCACGAACGCUCAGUCCUUCAAUCUCCGUUUGGGUUUGACCUUUGGAGCUUUGUUCGGCUUCAUCGCCCUCCACGAACCUGAGCUUUACAGCCAGUAUGGCCAGGUCAAGGUUUACUUCAAUGAGUCAAAUGCCAUCACCCGGGCCACGCUGAUCGAGAAUGAGAAGUUGGUCACCAUAGCCCUAUCCCAUGUGGGGACCAGGGUCAGUGUUCGCACACUGGAAGUACAUGUGCGAGCCCUCUAUGACUUGAUGUCAGUCAAUGUUCCAGGAAAUAUUGUUUACAUCCAAGCAUGGGCCUUGAGACGAUUGAUCAGCACUUACAACUACCUGAUUCGUCGACCCCAUGUUCCACGUGAACGAGCACUGAGAAGGAUCAUGAUCUCCCAAGGGAUUAAUAUUGAGCUUGACCCAACACCACCACAAUCCAUUUGCGACCAGCCUGAUUCAGACCCAGAGGCACCAUCUGAUGAGGACGAAGACAUGGACAAUGCAACAAUGGAGGACGAAGGAGGGGAGGAAGAGAUUUGCACGGACGAUGAAGAACUUGAAGGUGCCCCAUUGGAUGCUGAUGGAGCGAUCAACGAGCCUCCAAAGGCUUCAUUGCCAUCGAACUCUACGAAGAUGCCAGCACCGGCCUGUGCCAAGGAUUCUAUGAAGGAUUCCGUGGAUGUGGGUGUUAUCAAGACUCCUUCUCCCAAAGGUGUGUCUCCACCUACAGUCACCCCAGAGAAGCUUGCCCAGUUCGAGGCGACGAAGCAACGUCUUGCAAAGCUUGAGGCUCUUCAGGACUUGUUGAAACACCAGGAGAGAUUGAAAAAGCUAGUGGAGCUAAAGAAAUUGCAGGAUCAAGUCCGUGAGAUGGAAAUCAGGAAAGAGAUACAUUGCAUGAAACUCAUGGAAAACAUUCUCGACGAGCAGAAAAUUCCUCCUCGUCCAAUGCCAGAAAGCAUGGACAAUAUGGAGACCCAACCUCUUGUCGAUGAUGGACAAGGUGACAGUCACCAACCCGACGCGUUGAGCACUGACCCUGGCAAAGAACCUAUCCCUGCUUCUGGGGACCCAGUGGGUGAGAAACCUGAUGUCCCAAUGCUUCGCACCCAUGAGCCAAGCCCUACUGCACCAUCCAGGAGGUUACAGGAAUACUUGAUAAAGGCAAAGGCCUCAAGGAUUGAAGCUGAAACCACAAACAGAAUAGCUGACACAAAGGAUUCCAACCAUGGAAAAAGCAGUAGGGAAGCGCACGCCAAGAAUGCACAUGGCACAAGCAGCAAGGCAACGGUCAAGGUUUGCAAGAAGCACCUAGGCACAACUGAAGAUGCAACCCCAACCGAAGCAGCAUCACUCCGAGACAUGCCUUCAAAGCCAGAAGAUUGGGGAAAGCACGAGCCUGUCUCAGCAGAUCAGCAACAGCCACCCAAACAAAGAGGUAGGAAGCCGAAGCAAAAGAAUGACUGCAAAGACAAGCCUCAGCAAAAGAAAGCACCCAAGCGCAAGUCCAAAGCAAGCAAAGCAGUAUCACCUGAAGCUUCCAAGGACAUUGCAGCAGAAGCCUUGCCCACAGGGAAAGCAGCAAAGAAAGCAAAGAUUGACAAGAAGACCACUCUCUACUACGAGCCCUUGGAGCCAGAAGGUGACAUCAACACAGACAAGGGUGCUGCCUUUGAUGCCUAUGCAGCUGCUUCUGCAUCUGCUGAUGCUUCCCGACUUGGUGAGCAAAGUGCCAGCAAUGGGACAGGAGGUAGGAGACGUAAGGGAUCCACAGCAGCAGCAGCAGCAGCAGCAGCAAAGAGCAAGGCAAAGGACAAAGGUGAGGAGCACAAGCCCAGUAAAUCCAGUCGCAAAGCUACUCCCAAACCUAAGGGUCGCAGCAGCAAAACCACCCGAAUGGCAGGAGACAACAGCCCUGAUGGUGAGAGCUCAAAAAAGAAGCCACAACGCACAAGCAAGAAGGAUUGCAAGGAUGCCAGCACAAAGCAGAAAAGUCCCGAGUACAAAGCCAAGUUGAGCCGUAAGAGCUGUGCCUACAAGAAGGCUUUCAACGAAGCGAAAAAGGCAGGAGUAGAGGAGAACGCAGCCAGAGAAAUUGCCAAGAAGGUUCUUCAUGGAGAAAUGGAUAGCCCGGCAUGCCUCAUCCGGUGGGCACUGGCUCGCUUGAGCUCUCUUUUCCAGGAAUCUUGUGUGAAUGGAGUCCUGCUGGUAAUGUGGUCUACCGAUGUCACCAGCAGAUUUCAGCUGGUGGAGCUCUUCGCAGGGCGUGGCCAAGUGGGUGCAGUAUGGAGGGAGAAUGGCCGCUCUGCUGGCCAAUACGACUGGGACUAUUCCCGAAAGGGCAUGGACUUUUUGGGAAAUGGUGGCUUUGCGUCUGCCAUCUACAUGGCCUUAUGUGCGGUGCCUUUGAGCCUGUGGCUGAUGGGUCCUGACUGUGGCCCUUGGACAGUGAUAUCGAGAGGUACCUCAUGGAGAAAUGUUUGUAACUUCUGGGGCAACCUGAACUUAGAGUGGAUCAAUGGAUCCAACUGCAUGAUAUCCCGGCUGACGUUGCUGCUAUACAUAGGCACGGCCUUGCGCUGCACGUGGCUGUUGGAGCAGCCGGCUGGGAGCCAACCAGUGUUUGCCAGACACCAUCGUUUUGAACAUUUCUGCAACACUGUUGCCUUUGUCUGGAGGCAACGUUUCUGGAUGCAACACUUUGGCGCUCCCUCGGCGAAGCCAACUGCUUGCUGGGGAAAUGAUCCCGAUAUUCUCCACUCCUUGGACAAAGGUGUUCUCAAGAAGACCUUCCGAGAAGAGCACACCAGUGUGAAAACAACAAGUGUUAUCCCCGAGGACUUGGCGAACAUCUCCUUCGAGUACAUGAUGAGUCCAAGGCUAAGCCAGGCAGCCAAUGCCAAGAUAUUGGAGCUCCAAUCUCAGGUUGGUGGCCUAUCAGGGGAAGAUCAUCGCCCACAACCCGCAGGUGCUGGCUAUGUCGAAGCUCGCUCGGCUGGUGGUUUUACUCCAGGAUUUGAGCCUGGACCUCCCCUGGACAAGACUCAGCUGUCAAGAUUGGGCUCUGUUGCCCCCUCAGAAGUGCCUGUCACCCCAUCCCCUAAAGCCUCUGUGCACACACCUCCACAACGUUCAGUGUCCAUGGCUGCUCAUGCUGAUACCACCUCCCAAAGUCCAAUCAUGAUUGGUUCUUCUGGGAGGAAGUUGACCUAUGCAGAACAGCAAGCAUAUUUUCCUGAUGCCCAGUAUCGUGAUGAAACAUUACGGACCCCACUCCUUUCUUCGCCAGAAGACACCGAUGAGAGCAUCUUAAAAAAGAAGACUAUGCGCCUUGAGGACACUUUGGUCGAUGAAACACAGGAGGUUCCCCAGCACCCUUCUCGAGAGAGUGAGCAAGGUGAACCGCAUGGCACAGCACGGUCUAGCAAUACUGGGGAUAGCGAGGUUGACAAAAGCCAAGCAGGUGAAACCCCUCCCUCUUCCAAGCCCAGUCCCGAGGGGGACAUGUACUCAGAUGGCACGUAUUGGAAGAUGCGGAACUACACCAAGCCCAACAAACGUGGUGUGUGCAAAGCAAGUGAGAGUGCAGUUGCAAUGUUCAAGACUGAAGAUGGAAGAAAGCGACUUCGUGAUCUGCUUCUUCAACAUGGGAGCUUCGAGCAAGUAGAAGUUGCCCUAGUGAAAUAUAGAAAGGAAGAAGAAGAGAAUACACUUGAAGGAGGUUUCUAUUCAGCGGUCGAUUUGGCAAAUGAUGGAUGGAAUACGCAGAUGAUCGAGCAUAGUCGCCAGUGGGCCCUUCAGAGGGGCUUGGUGGAAAAAAAUGAAGUCCACGGAGAGGAAGAAUGGCGCAUCCCCAAGAAGCGACGAUUCAAGUUUAAGGAACAACAUGGUACGGAGGUGACCCAACGUGCUGGAGCUACGUUUCAGGAUUCCACUGGUGCCAUGUUCGAGCAGCAGAUUGAUCGCCAAGCUUUGGUGGAAGGUGAUGCUGUCAGAAACCCGGCUCAGCAGCUCAGCGCUGCCUCUCAUCAAGCAGCUGCGGCAUCGAAGCAGAAGGCUCUGCCGGUCCUGCAGGCCAACCAAGAUCCCUUUGGUCUGUUGGGGGCAUUCAUAGCUGCAGUUGGAGCAAACAUUUCAAAGGCUGAAGAGCAAAAGGACCGUCUUAGCGAUCUCCAAACAGAACGGGCAACCAAGAUGGCCAAGGAGAUGGGGGAUGCAAUUGUGGAGUAUGAGGAUCUGUACAAAAAGCUUUUGAAGUAUCAAAUCGACUUUACCAGUUCCGUCCCUGACAGGAAUGCAAAAGACCUUCUGAGCAAGACCUAUGUCCAAUGCACACAGCGUGACAUGUGUGUCAACAACCUGAUCGGCCGGGCAAGGACCAUCAAACCUGCAGCGAAGGCCAAGGCCAGCGCCAAGGCCAACUCUGAGAAAAAGCCACUGCCCCUGAACCGUAGGGCUAAGUCAAAGAAGAAUCUAAAGAAUGUUGCAAAGGAUGAUGAUGAUGAUGAUGAUGCAGAAGAAGAUGAAAAGAAUGAAGGUGAAGAUGACACACCGACUCGCUCUUCUAGCAGCAAGCCAAAAGGCAAAACUGGCAAAGCCAAAGCCGUGGCAGUGCCAAAGACCAAAGUGGUCAAGAAAAAGAAGGCAUCCAAGUAGAUGUCGAUUUGCUUGCCAUUGGGGAUUGGGGUGUGUAAUUUAUAUCGAUUUCAACAUGUACUGUGUUGUUGAUUCCACAGAAUUUUGGCCCCCUUCUGGCUUGCCAAGUUUUUAUCUAAUCAUCGGCCGCCACAUUGCACCUCGGCAGCAUGGAGCUGCUGGUAGCUUUUGAACCUGGCGGCAACUCAAAGCACGGCUUCGGGAAAUCGGGAAAGGAGAAAAAAA